CCGCCCACUUCCCCGGAGACGCCGCCAUCGCCCGCUUCGCAGGGGGAGACGCCGCCAUCGCCCGCUUCGGAGGAGGAGGAGGAGCCCCCCGCUGCCGAGGAGGCCGCCAGCCAGGAGGAGCCGCCCGGCCGCCAGACCCCCGAGGAGAAGGCGGAGGCAGAGGGGCGGGAGGGGGCCGAGUCGGCGGAGGAGCCCGAGGACGACAUCUCCUUCAGCGACCCGGAGGAUUUCGAGGACGACAUCAGCGAGGAAGAAUUACUUGGUGAUGUGCUAAAAGACCAGCCACAGGAGGCAGAUGGAAUUGAUUCAGUAAUUGUAGUGGAUAAUGUUCCCCAAGUUGGACCAGACCGUCUUGAGAAACUGAAGAAUGUUAUUCACAAAAUCUUUUCCAAGUUUGGGAAAAUUACCAAUGAAUUUUACCCAGAAGAAGAUGGGAAGACAAAAGGAUAUAUUUUCCUGGAGUAUAUGUCCCCAGCACAUGCAGUUGAUGCCGUGAAAAAUGCAGAUGGCUACAAGUUGGACAAGCAGCACACUUUCAGAGUCAACCUUUUCACAGACUUUGACAAAUAUAUGACAAUCAGUGAAGAAUGGGACAUCCCAGAGAAACAACCAUUUAAAGACUUGGGUAAUCUUUGUUACUGGUUGGAGGACCCAGACUGUAGGGAUCAAUACAGUGUAAUCUUUGAGUCAGGAGAUCGAACUUGCAUCUAUUGGAAUGAUGCGAAGGAACCAGUCGCAAUUGAAGAAAGACCACGGUGGACAGAAACUUAUGUACGCUGGUCCCCAAAAGGAACCUACCUGGCUACAUUCCAUCAGAGAGGCAUUGCUCUAUGGGGAGGAGAGAAGUUCAAGCAGAUUCAGAGGUUCAGUCACCAGGGUGUACAGCUUAUCGACUUCUCACCUUGUGAAAGGUACUUAGUGACCUUCAGCCCUUUAAUGGACACACAAGAUGACCCUCAGGCUAUAAUCAUAUGGGAUAUCCUAACUGGACAGAAGAAACGAGGGUUCCAUUGUGAAAGCUCAGCCCAUUGGCCCAUUUUUAAGUGGAGUCACGAUGGCAAAUUUUUUGCCCGAAUGACAUCAGAUACCCUCAGUAUCUAUGAAACGCCUUCUAUGGGUUUGCUGGACAAGAAAAGUUUGAAAAUCAAUGGGAUAAAGGAUUUCUCAUGGUCUCCAGGUGGAAACAUAAUUGCAUUUUGGGUCCCUGAAGACAAAGACAUCCCAGCAAGGGUGACAUUGAUGCAGCUCCCUUCCAGACAGGAAAUCCGUGUGCGGAACUUGUUCAAUGUGGUGGAUUGCAAACUACACUGGCAAAAGAACGGAGAUUACUUGUGUGUGAAGGUAGACCGGACUCCUAAAGGCACACAGGGUGUGGUGACCAACUUUGAGAUCUUCCGAAUGAGAGAGAAGCAGGUCCCUGUGGAUGUGGUAGAAAUGAAAGAAGGUAUCAUAGCCUUUGCCUGGGAACCAAAUGGAAGCAAGUUUGCUGUGUUGCACGGAGAGCCUCCCCGAAUUUCUAUUUCCUUUUACCAUGUCAAAAAUAAUGGGAAAAUAGAGCUCAUCAAAACGUUUGACAAGCAGCAGGCAAACACGAUAUUCUGGAGUCCCCAAGGGCAGUUUCUAGUGCUGGCUGGCCUGAGAAGCAUGAAUGGUGCCUUAACAUUUGUCGAUACAUCAGAUUGCACCGUGAUGAAUAUUGCUGAACACUAUACAGCCUCGGAUGUAGAGUGGGAUCCUACAGGUCGAUAUGUUGUGACAUCAGUAUCCUGGUGGAGCCACAAGGUGGACAAUGCUUACUGGCUGUGGACCUUCCAAGGUCGUCUCCUUCAGAAAAACAAUAAAGAUCGGUUCUGCCAGCUGCUAUGGAGACCUCGACCUCCAACUCUUCUCAGCCAGGAUCAGAUAAAGCAAAUUAAGAAGGACCUGAAGAGGUACUCCAAGAUUUUUGAACAGAAGGAUCGCCUAAGCCAAUCAAAAGCCUCAAAGGAGCUCGUAGAAAAAAGACGUACAAUGAUGGAAGACUUCAAGAAAUACCGCAAGAUGGCACAAGAAUUCUAUAUGGAACAGAAGAAUGUGCGUCUGGAGCUGCGAGGAGGGGUGGACACAGAUGAGCUGGACAGCAAUGUAGAUGACUGGGAAGAGGAGACUGUUGAAUUUUUUAUCAAUGAAGAAAUUAUUACCAUUGCAGAACCAGAGUAAUCCAAUAAAACCCUGCAUCGCCACAUCGUGUACUGAAAAGGGGUUCAUUUAUUUUCAGAAAGCCGACACCAUCUUUGGAAUUUUUAAUCCAUAUUCUCACUCUGGACGGUGAAUGCACCAGGUUCUCUCCAUUCUGACACAUUGUAGUGCCUUUAAACCUCACUGUCAGCAGUGGGGAUAUUUAAAAGGCACUGCUUUUAAAUUUUUAUUCAUUUGGGAGGGGUUGUCUUUUCUUUUUAAAACCACCACCAGUAUUUGCUGUCUGAAUCCUGUGCAUUGCUUACCAGUUGGCAGUUUUGAACUAUUGCCCUUAAGUGAGCAUCAAAACACCUUCCAGAAUCUUGCACGCUCACAAUGCUUCUAUUUGCUGAGGACUCUGUGUGUGUCCCAAGUGCAUGGACACAG